CUAUGACGUAUUGUUAAUUUAGUGGUGACAUAGGUUUGUUUUGUUUUGAGUGAGUAUUUAUUUAUUGUCCAGUUAUUGCACUUUGAUUUAGGCAACAACAGAGCGAUGAAACUCCUAUGAUGUGGGAGAUUCUGCUAUACAUGUACGUCCUGUAUUCCCCGGAUUGGCACUAUCCUCGUACAAUGCCCAUCUUCCUAUUUUUGUAUUGUGUUAUCUUUGCCAUUGUUCAUUCAGUGGUCCGUUUUGGAAUUGGCUUCAAAGUCCAUUAUAUCAUUCUCUGCCUCCUCUGCAGUCCAAGAAUGUACAAGUAUUACAUUUAUACUGAUUAUGUGUCUGCAAAGCGCCUGGGAAAGCUUUAUGUAGUUACUCUUCUAUUGGGAGGUUUGUGUUGGAUAUGCGAUCAUGUUUUCUGCAAGCAAAUUUCUAGUUGGCCAAUUAAUCCACAAGGUCAUGCUUUGUGGCAUCUCUUCAUGGGUUUCAAUUCCUACUUUGCAAACACAUUCUUGAUGUUUUGUCGUGCUCAACAACUUGCCUGGUCUCCAAAAGUUGUCCAUGUAAUGGGUGUCUUGCCCUAUGUCAAGAUUGAGAAGCCAAAACACCAGUAA